ACCCAACACAAGCUUCUCGUGAUGGAUGUUAUGAUCAGGUGGGAGAAACAUAGGAGAGCUUCGAGUGGCAACACAUAAAUCCGGUGGAGGAGACUAAGUGCAGAGAAUAUCGCUGAGUUGACCAAGCGAGUGCAGGAGAGAGGUGCGUGGGAAUCGACCGGAGAGGCUAUUGAUAUGUGGGUGCGGACUGCUAACUGCAUCAGGGAAACAGCCAGGGAAGUGUUAGGUGUGAGCUUUGGCUCUAGGAGUAGGCGUCAGGGUGAUUGGUGGUGGAGCGAUUCAGUCCGAAUCACAUCUCACCUUCUUCCCCUUGGCAGCGCACUUCCGCAGGGGACAGGAGGGUGGCACGGCUCUGGACUCUGCACGGCAAAGGCGACCAGGACGGUGGUGGCGGCUCCUACACGCGGCGGCGGCUCCUUCUGCCGCUGCUCCUGCGUGCGGCAGUCGUCAGGCAAACGGUGGCGGCGAUCUGUACUGGACGGCGGCGGCUUGACGAGGGGAGGCUACGGCGGUUCGCGGAUGACAGCGAACAACCUGUCCAAGCCUCUUACCUUCUUUUUGAACCAGCAGGGGAGGGAGAUCGACGGCAGCAGCGGUGACUCAGCAGCUGCCUCCUGCGCGGGUACGGCGGCAGCGGCUCCUUCGCUUGCUGCGGUCCCCCCUGGAACCAGCGACGGCGACACGAUUCGGAUGGCGGCGGUCUGGAUCUGCCCGCUUGAAGGCGGCAGCGCGGUGAGUCUCACGGGACUUACUUCCUGCUGCGGCUCUCCGAUUCAAGCGCGGCAAUGCUCCGUGGGAAUCGACGGGGAUGGUGGUGCUCCGGCGGCAGCAGCGGCCCUCACUUCAGCUCCUGCUGCUACAACUGCUUCCUGGCUUCACACUCAACAGUAUUUGAGGUACAUGGGCUGCAAUGUUGAGGAGGAAAGAGCGGCGUUACGAGUGGAGUACAAGAAAGCACGCAAAGAAGCUAAGUUAGAGGUAACGAGGGCAAAGAAUGCCGCUUUUGAACGCCUCUACAAGGAUAUUGAGGAGAAAGGCAGUGUUAAUCCACUGUUCCGGCUUGCUAAGGUGCGUGAGAGGAAGGCCCGAGAUCUGGAUCGCGUGAGAUGCGUGAAGGGCAACGAUGGAGGAGACCAAAGGCUAGUUCUGGAUGAGUUGGGACAGCCCGGGGCGUCUCGUAUGUAUUGCCGGCGCAUUUGCCUGGAAGAGGUGGUUCGGGCUAUCCGCGUGAUGCGUAGUGGGAGAGCUUUGGGACCAGAUGAGAUUCCAGUGGACUUUUGGAAGCAUGCAGGUCGUGGUGCGUGGGUUUGGUUAACCAAACUCUUCAAUGUUAUCCUCCGGAUAGCAAGGAUGCCUGAUGAGUGGAGGGAGAGUCUCUUUGUCCCUCUGUUUAAAAGCAAAGGUGACAUUCAGAGCUGCGAAAAUUACAGAGGCAUCAAACUGCUUAGCCACACCAUGAAGAUUUGGGAGCGAAUCAUUGAGUUUAGGGCUGAUGGGGAGUUAGAUGCGGAUGUUGGACAUCGUGUUGGAGUGGCUUGGGCCAAAUGGCGGUUGGCUUCAGGGGUGUUGUGUGAUCCGAAGAUUUCGCCUAGAAUGAAAGGUAAGUUCUAUCGAUCCGUAGUCAGACCUGCUAUGUUAUAUGGGGCAAAGUGUUGGGCGGUUAAGAAGACUCAUGUGCAUCGUCUGCAUGCGGCGGAGAUGCGGAUGUUACGAUGGAUGUGUGGGAAGACAAGGUUGGAUAGGAUUUCGAACGAAGUUAUCCGACGUCAGGUAGGCAUGGCACCGGUGGAAGAUAAGUUGCGGAAAGCGAGGUUGAGAUGGUUUGGCCAUGUGCAGAUGCGAGAGGAUUACGGUUAUCGGGGGAAGUAGGGGAAGGGGUAGACCUAGGAAAAAUUGGAAGGAGGUGGAGCCGGGGGUCUCUUGAAAACAGCCUCUCUACUUUCGAGUAGGGGCAAGGUCUGCGUACACACCCCUCUAGACCCUACUGUUGUGGGAUUCACCU